AUGCCUGAGUCCCCAGGGAGCACACCCCAGGACCCACGUGGCCAGAAGGAGGCCGCUGGAGCCGCCAGCCUGAUGGCUAAAGCAGCGCCCUGGGCCGGGCCGGGGCGGGCGGAGGCCGCCAUGAUCGCAGCCCUGGUCCUGCUCUGGACGGCAGUGCUGGGGGCUGCCUCCCCGAGCCCUCCCCGCCUCCGCUUCUCCUUCCAAGAGCUCCAGGCCCAGUACGGUCUCCGGACCUUCCGGCUGGCGAGGACCUGCUGCUACGAGGCCCUGCUGGUGGACGAGGAGCGCGGGCGCCUGUUUGUGGGCGCGGAGAACCACGUGGCCUCCCUGAGCCUGGACAACAUCAGCAAGCGGGCCAAGAAGCUGGCCUGGCCAGCGCCUGUGGAAUGGCGCGAGGAGUGCAACUGGGCCGGGAAGGACAUUGGGACUGAGUGCAUGAACUUCGUGAAGCUGCUGCAUGCCUACAACCGCUCCCACGUGCUGGCCUGCGGCACCGGGGCCUUCCACCCCACCUGUGCGUUCCUGGAGGUGGGCCACCAGCCUGAGGAGCCCGUGCUCCGCCUGGACCCUCGGAGGCUGGAGGACGGCAAGGGCAAGAGUCCUUACGACCCCAGGCACCGCGCCGCCUCCGUGCUGGUGGGGGAAGAGCUGUAUUCCGGGGUGGCCGCAGACCUCAUGGGCCGGGACUUCACCAUCUUCCGCAGCCUGGGCCAGCGUCCGAGUCUCCGAACUGAGCCCCACGACUCCCGCUGGCUCAAUGAACCCAAGUUCGUUAAGGUCUUCUGGAUUCCGGAGAGCGAGAACCCCGACGACGAUAAGAUCUACUUCUUCUUCCGCGAGUCGGCGGUGGAGGCCUCGCAGGCGCUGGGACGCCGGUCCGUGUCCCGCAUCGGCCAGAUCUGCCGGAACGACGUGGGCGGCCAGCGCAGCCUGGUCAACAAGUGGACCACGUUCCUGAAGGCGCGGCUGGUGUGCUCCGUGCCGGGCACCGAGGGUGACACACACUUUGACCAGCUCCGCCCCGUCCCCACAGAGGACGUGCCCUGGGCCUCUAGUGAAAAUAAAAAACUGACUUCGGGCUCGGCCGUGUGCGUGUACAGCAUGGGCGACGUGCGCCGGGCCUUCCUGGGGCCCUUCGCACACAAGGAGGGGCCGACGCACCAGUGGGUGUCCUACCAGGGCCGUGUCCCCUACCCCCGGCCGGGCAUGUGCCCCAGCAAGACUUUUGGUACCUUCAGUUCCACCAAGGACUUUCCUGAUGACGUCAUCCAGUUUGCCCGGAACCACCCGCUCAUGUACAGCUCCAUCCUGCCCCUGGGGGGGCGCCCUCUCUUCCUACAAGUGGGUGCCGGGUACACCUUCACCCAGAUUGCUGCAGACCGAGUAGCAGCUGCCGAUGGCCACUACGACGUCCUCUUCAUUGGCACGGACGCUGGCACGGUGCUGAAGGUGAUCUCGGUCCCCAAGGGCAGCCGGCCCAGCGACGAGGGGCUGCUCCUGGAGGAGCUGCACAUGUUUGAGGACUCUGCCGCUGUCACCAGCAUGCAAAUCUCCUCCAAGAGGCACCAGCUGUACGUGGCCUCUCGGAGCGCAGUGGCCCAGAUCUCGCUGUACCGCUGUGCUGCCCACGGCCGCGCCUGCGCUGGGAGGCAGCCAGGCUUCCCCGGCUUCUCUGAGGAGCCACUGCUGCCUCCAUCCUGUCCUGCUUCUGGGGCUGAGAUCGGGCCCUGA